GUGAGUGAGCGAGCGAGCGAGCGCGCGCGCGAUGAUCACUACUUCAACUUUUCCUCACUGACGCUCUUCUGUGUGUCUUUUAUCCCCCCCCUCCCUCCACCUCACAGACGGAAAGGUAGCGGAGGCGCGGCGCGGCGGAUGUUCUCACCUCUCAGGCGCGUCUUUAUCAUGGAGAACCGUGUUCUGCUCUCCGUGUCGUUACCGUGAAGCCUCACCGGAGUCAUGUGGAGUUGCACGCGCGCUUUCCUGCACUCGGUUUGCCUCAUUUGGACGGUUUGGUUUGAGGCCUGCUGGGCGUCCGGUUACCUGGAGCUGCGAGUGAUCAGCGUGGAGAACAAGAACGGGGAGCUGGCGAACGGCGGGUGCUGCGGCGGAGAGAGGGGCGCGGGGCAGGGCCAGGGGUGCGGUGCUGUGGAGUGCAACACGUAUUUCAAAGCGUGCCUGAAGGAGUACCAGGUGGAGGUCAUGACCUCGGGAACAUGCACAUACGGAACGGCGAGCUCGCCCGUCGUCGGACGCAACUCGUUUUGGCUUGAUGGAUUCGGUAAUAACCGGAACAAAGGCAGCAACGUCGGGACUUUAAUCAUUCCGUUCCAGUUCGCCUGGCCGCGAGCAUACACACUGAUCCUGGAGGCGUGGGACUGGGACAACAACACCGUCACUGCUGACAAUGACGAGCAGCUGAUCGAGCGCAGUGUGUACCGUGGAGAGAUGAACCCCGGUGAUGAGCGUCAGCCGAUCCAGCACCUCGGCCUCACCGCCACUUUCCAGUACAGCGUGUGCGUGCGCUGCGAUCGCCAUUACUAUGGCAACAAGUGCAACAAACUGUGCCGACCCCGCGACGACCCCUUCGGCCACUACGAGUGCGAUCACCACGGCAACCUGCAGUGUUUGGAGGGCUGGACAGGAUCCGACUGCAACAAAGCGAUCUGUAAGCAGGGCUGCAGUGAGCUGCACGGAAGCUGCACCAUCCCGGGUCAGUGCACGUGUAGUUACGGCUGGCAGGGUCCUCUGUGUGACGAGUGUGUGCCGUACCCGGGCUGUGUUCACGGCACGUGUGUGAAGAGGUGGGAGUGUAUCUGCGAGAAGAACUGGGGAGGGCUGCUCUGUGACAAAGACCUGAAUUACUGCGGGAGUCACCGGCCGUGUGUGAACGGAGGGACGUGCAUGAACACCGAGCCAGACGAGCACCGCUGCGUCUGUCCCAACGGCUACUCGGGCAAGAACUGCGAGAUAGUGGAACACGCGUGCAUGUCCAACCCAUGCGCCAACGGCGGGACGUGCCACGAGGUUCUAUCGGGAUUCGAAUGCCACUGUCCGUCGGGGUGGUCGGGGACGACCUGCGCCAAAGACAAAGACGAGUGCAUGUCCAGUCCCUGUGCACACGGAGGAACCUGCAUCGAUCAGGACAACGGCUUCAAGUGCGUGUGCCCACCACAGUGGACGGGAAAAACCUGCCAGAUAGACGUGAAUGAGUGUGUGAAGAGGCCUUGCGCGAACUCGAUCUCAUGUAAAAAUCUGAUUGGCGGAUAUCACUGCGCCUGCUAUCCAGGGUGGGCGGGACCGAACUGUGACAUCAAUAUUCACACGUGUUACGGCCAGUGCCAGAACGGCGGCACGUGUACGGACGGGCGUCACGGGUACGUGUGCCAGUGCCAGCCGGGGUUUGUGGGUAAGCACUGUGAGGUGCAGCAGAGUGUGUGUGUGAGCUCGCCGUGUCAGCACGGCGGUCAGUGUCGCGCCACACACACCACCUACGAGUGCCAGUGUGUGGGAGGAUACACAGGGACACACUGCGAGGUACAGGUGGACCCGUGCGUUCCUAACCCGUGUGCGAAUAAAGCUCAGUGCCACGCCCUGCAGUCGGGGUUCCACUGCGAGUGUGCUGACGGUUACGAGGGCAGAACCUGCGCCGAGCUGACGGACCACUGCAAGACCAGUUCGUGCCAAGUGAUUGACAGCUGCACCAUUUCCGUGGCGAACAACUCCUCCCAGGAAGGGGUGUGGCACAUUUCAUCCAACGUGUGCGGCCCGCACGGUCGCUGUAUCAGCCAGUCAGGAGGCAACUUCACCUGCGCCUGUCUGCCGGGGUUUACAGGGACCUACUGCCACGAGAAUGUUAAUGACUGCGCUCCGUCUCCGUGUGUGAACGGGGGAACGUGUUUAGACGGCAUUAACUCGUUUAGCUGCAUCUGCCGUAACGGAUGGGAGGGUCAGCUGUGUGACCACGAGGUAAACGAGUGCGAGUCUGAGCCGUGUAUGAACGGUGGUCUCUGUGUGGACCUGCUCAACGACUUUUACUGCCACUGCACCGACAACUGGAAGGGCAAGACCUGUCAAUCACGAGAGAGUCAGUGUGACUCCACGACGUGUUUGAACGGUGGAACCUGCUUUGAUCACGGAGACUCGUACCGCUGUGUGUGUCCACCUGGUUUCGGAGGCAGCACCUGUAACUCAGCGACCAACAGCACGUGCGACUCCCAGCCGUGCGCUAACGGGGGGACGUGCGUCGGAGGGGGCGGAGCUUUCACCUGCAUCUGCAAGGACGGGUGGGAGGGGCCUACUUGUACUGAGAACGUGGAUGACUGCAAUCCCCAUCCGUGUUAUAAUGGAGGAGAGUGUGUGGACGGAGUGAACUGGUUCCGGUGUCAGUGCGCUCCUGGGUUUGCCGGUCCCGACUGUCGCAUCAACGUGGACGAAUGUCAGUCGUCUCCUUGCUCUUACGGAGCCACGUGUGUGGACGAGAUUAACGGAUAUCGGUGUGUGUGUCCUCUGGGCCGAGCUGGAUCCCGCUGUCAGGAGUUUAUCGGUGUUGGUAAGGCGUGUCAGCACUCGGGCGUGUCCGUUCCUCACGGCUCUCGCUGGGAAGACGAGUGUAACGGCUGCCAGUGCGUGAACGGGAAUAUCAAGUGCACCAAAGUGCAUUGCGGCGGUCGGCCGUGUCUGCUCGGCUCUCGGGACCCUCAGUGCGCCGGAGGCCAGGAAUGCACGCCGCAUCACUUCCUGUUUUGUCUCCGCCCACCGUGCCAGCAGUGGGGCGUGUGCUCCGAUUCCAAUCCUCUACCAAUCGGCACCGAGUGUCAGCCCAACAACGACCACGCGGACAGCGACUGUGCACGCGUCACACUCGUGUUCGAUACAGACAGUGUGCCUCCGGGAACAACUGUCGACGGGAUCUGUUCCGAACUCAGAUAUCUCCCGAUCACGCGAACCCUCGCCCGAGACCGCACCCUCUUUAUUCUCUGUGACCAAUCACAUUCGAGCAGGAACGCCGUGGAGGUUGCCAUGUCAUUUGAACAGAGUGCAGCGUUCGAGGAGCACGCAGACAUACAGGAAGUAGUCAGCUCCAUCAUCAGCAUCCUCUCCAAACGCCACAACAGCACGCUGUUGCUGGCCAUCCGAGAGGUCAAAGUUGAAACGCAGGUCCUGCCCAAAACGCUGGAUUACCUGGUCCCACUGCUGUGUGUGCUGUUCUCCGUGUUGUGGAUCUCCUGCACGGUGGUGUGUGUCUGCUGGUUCCGCAAGCGCAGGAAAGACCGAGAACGCGUCGACGCGCCGGUGGAGGAGAGCAUCAAUAACCAGCGAGGGGCGUUCCUGAGAAUCCAGUCCUCUUGCAGGGAGGACAGGAGGAGCGUGACGUAUCCGCUGGACCGGAUCGGAGACGGAGCGGAGAAACAGGACGAAGACGAGGAGGAGGACGACGACAGAGAGGAGGACUGCAGCCCAGGGCUGGUGGUGGAUAAGUGCCCCUCCUUAACGUACGCUAAAGGGGAGGUAGUGUACAGCGUUUGCACCGCAGCCCCGCCACAUCCUUUAAGGACGCACUACAGCACCAAAGACAACCGUUGCAAAGACGUGAACCGGAGUGAGCGAAUCAACGAUCGCUACGUAUGAGCAGAACCGUCUGGAGCUAGUCCGGAUCCUUCACCCUCUUCUGUUUCUGUUUACACUUGCCUUAUUGUUUGUUUUCUUUUUUUUUUGUAAAAAUAAAGGACCUGUCUUUAGGGGCGCGACGGGGAAUUUGGUCGGAGGUGAAUCUAGAGACGGCAGCUCGGAUCUCGAUUAGUAGUUUUGGGUUUUCUUUGAGUCGUGACGUGCGUGAAACGUGCGUCAUACGACACGUGACGUCGGCGUAUAUCCCGGACGAUAAGAUGCGUUUAUUCCUCUGCUGGUGCAACACUUACAGCAAAGUCAUGUUUAUAUUGUUAUUUUUACCGUUAAAUCGAACUACAGUGAAACGCAACGUUUUAUUAUCCAUUCAUCCUUUAUUUCAUAAACUGCAGAUCGAAGAUUUUAUCUUCCGUUCUUAUGUCGAUUUUUUUUCCCCCUCCAAGGUGGCAACAUCUGUAUUCUCGCAAAUAUGUUCUUUAAAAAGAAACAACACUGUCUUAAGGGGGGUGGGGUGGGGUGGGGUGGGGCGGGGGGGACAAACAAAACAAAUAUUUCCAGCUGUAAACAAUGACUCGAAUGUUUGGUCAGUUUAAGCAAUUAAACUUCAAAUAAAAAGUCGUUUUACUAAGUUUAGGGGGUUUUUUUUUGUUUUUUUUUCCCCCCUCUAUAAAACUGACAAAAAAAAAUUCCCAGCGAUAUAAAGUGACACCAAUUUCUAAAUUAAACAAUUAAAACAAUCAUAAAACUUUAAUAAGAAACUGAAGGCCUAAAAAAAAAAAAAAAAGAAAAAAAAAAGAUCUGUAAUAGAGAACCGUACAAAACAUUACUGUGUGGUUUAUUUGUGUGUGUGAUUGUUUUUUUUUUUUUUUUUUAAAGUAACAGAAGGUUGUUUAGGGGGUGUAGAAGAAUCAUCGCCGCAUUAGGUUUAGGAAAAUGGUUCGUGGGGUUGUAAUAUUGAUGCAUCGUCGCAUCGUCUUCCACCGAGCGGUGAGUCGGGUGAAAUCAGACGCUUCAGUAAUCAUGACGACUGCAAAAAAAAAAAAAAAAAAUU